AUGGCCCCGGAUCUAUACGCCAAGCUUAUCGGAAAUAGCGAGCCCGAGCGUUUACAAGCUGCUGUUGCGCUUCUUGACCGUCUCAUCAAGGCCGACGAUCCAGCAGAUUGGGACGCAGCUCUCAACCGUCUUGCACAGACCCUCGUGUCACCACGCCAGGCUGCCCGUCUGGGUGCUUCCAUGGCUCUUACAGAACUUCUCAACGAGCGUUACAAAAAAAUUAAAGUCUCAGAAUACCUGGCGUUGCUCCCUCCGGCUUCAAAAACCGGCGCAGAUAACCGAUACGCCGCACUCUUUGGCACCCAAGCUUUGAUUAAUUCAAAAGUCUUUGCAUACAAACACACAUCCAUUGAAGACUUUAAACUUGUCGCAGAUCUACUGCUGAGUCUUGCAAAGGAUAAAACUGAAGAUGCCGCUAUUAAAGAGGCUGCUUAUGUUGCUCUCUGCCGGUUGGCUGCCCGUAUCACAGAUGCUGCUGCCUUUUCACAAGAAGACGCUACAAAGUAUCUUCUGGAAGCUGUCCACACUGAUCUAUCGGCUUCAUUCACCCCAGAAGGCGUUGCCAUAUACCUCUCUAUUCCAGAUUCUCUGCGCGUCCAGUUUGGUGCUUUAACUGACGGCUGGGCUUCUGGUGAUCCCCUUGCAAAGGGAAAUUUUGCUAGUCUUUCCAAAGUCCUUGCUGUUUCUAUCCCAGAAUCAGCUUCUGUUGACAUUGCAAAGGAAAAUGCAUGGAAAAGCAAAAAAAAGGGCGCUUAUGGUCAACCCAAGCAGGUUACGCAACCUCCCAAGCCAAAUAUGGUAUGGGAAAAGAUUGCCUUAGCUUACCUUUCAUUGAUCCAUUCUCCCGAAUCAUCAAAGCAAAAGAAACACAAAUCUUCGAAAAAGUCUUCUUCAAAAAAUACCACCCCUGAUUCAAUCGAACGCGUUUCCUUUGACGACUUUUGGAAAAGUGCAGUCGACAAUGUCUUCUUUUCACAAGCAGCAACCCCUCAAAAGCGUCUCAUCGGCCUCGACAUUUUCCAAGUUUUCCUCGAUGUCUUUUCUACAGCCCUGCCUUCUGCCCUUCCUCUUGCAGGGGCCAUCUUCUCACCAAACCUCAUUCGUGUAGUCACCACUCCUAAAGUUGAAAAAUCUGCUGCUGCUCUUCUUCAGCGCGCAAUCAAAUCAUUUGCUACCGGCAUUGUCACAGCAUCUAAAGCAUCUCCAGCUCUUGCUGCUGCUUUCUUAGAAGCAAUCUACGCGUCAAAGGCUGCCCAUAACUUUGAUAUGCUUACAAAAACAAAAACUACCCAGGAGCUUUUAACUUUGGCUCUCACUCCAGAAUAUGUUCCCGUCCUUUCGAAAUUCUACCUUGACGCAUUCAUCACUCCAUUCCCUGAUGAUGCUCGUCAAGGUUCAGACUCUCAGCUCGUUGAGCUUAGAAGAAAAUGGGCAUUGGAGAGACUUAUUCAUCUCAUCAAGUCUCCUGUCUUGCAAAAGUUUACAGCCCUCCCCACGGAAUGGCUUGAUAAUCUUCUUUAUACCCUGAUCCGUCUCGCCUUUUUUAAGGAUGCUCAGCAGUCCUCGGAAAAGAAAGAAAAAUCUAAAAAGCGAAAGCACGAAGAUUCACUUGAAGAAACAAAUUUUUCUGCUCCCUCUCCUGAGCUCUCACCAGCAACCAUUACUCUUACCCAGGAAAAGGUCUCUUCUAUUAUUGGCCUUACUGUCAACCUCAAGCGCCCUGAUAACAUCACUUGGCCUUACCGAACUCUUAGCAAGAUGGUUAAGCUUGAAUCCAACAGCUCUCUUGAGAGUCUUGUCAAGUUCGAAGAAUCUGAUCUGCUCAUUAAAAAUAAGACUAAGGCCCUUCAGACAUUGGAAAAAAUUAGAGUCAAGCGUCAAUCUUCUCCCCAUGUUGAUGGUCCCCAACUCGAGGCUUUCGAGCUACUUUUUUCGCUCGUCAUUUUCCAAAUUUACACCAGCGACACUGAGGCUGGCGGUAUUUUAGAAGAACUUCAAGCUUGCUACAAUACCAUCCAAGGACAAUCUCAGACUGACGAGGUUGUCAUGGGCAAGCCUGGUAGCACCAGUAGCAACAAUAAGGAAGACAGUGAUAGUGACAGCGAUAGCGAUGACGAAGAUGAUGAGGAUGAAGAGGUUGAUGUCAGUCUGGUCCUGACAGAGAUUCUUCUCAGUUUUAUUUCUAGAGAAUCUGCUGUUCUCAGAAAGGUCUCUGAGACUGUAUGGAAGACCUUUGUUCCUCAAAUUACAAGAGAGAGUCUUCAAAGACUCUACGAUGUUCUUGUAGUUGAUGAGAGCACUGACGGUCAAAGUGGUAUUUUUGAGAAUCUCGAUGGACUUGAGGAUGAAAUGGAUGAAGAUGACGAGGAGGAUGACGAGGAAGAAGAAGAAGAUGAUGAGGAUGACGAUGAGGAAGAAGAGGAAAAUGAUAACAAAGAAAAAGAAGAAUCUGGCGAUAAUAAGAUUUCUAACGAAGAUGACGAGGAAGACAAUCAAGAAUCUGUUCGCGACAAGAUUGAGCAAGUUGAAGAAGAGUCUCGCAGAAAGUUGGCUGAAGCUCUUGGUAUUGCUGGAAAUGGAGAGGCCAAGAAUGGCAAGGAUUCCGAUGACGAAGUUGAUGAAAAUGACAACGACAAUGACGAUGAUGACGACGACGACGACGACGAUAAUGAUGACGAUGAAUCGAUGGAUGAUGAACAGAUGAUGGCCCUGGAUGGCCAUCUGGCUGCCAUUUUCCGUGAACGUCAGCGUGCCCUUAGUGAACACUCUAACCACGGUGGACCCACUAAGCGUGCGCAACGCAAAAAGGAGGCCAAGGCUGCUCGUCAUAACAUGGUUCAAUUCAAGACUCGUGUCCUCGAUUUGCUUUCUGUGUACAUCCAAGCGCAACCCUCUUCUCCACUCAUCUUGACUAUGGUUGUGCCCUUGCUUAACCUCAUCAAGGUUACUCGUGACAAGACUCUGGGCGAAAAGGCAGUUGGACUGCUUAAGAAGGAUGUCUGCAAAGUCAAGAUUGGCUCGGAGAUUGCUGAAGGUAUCAAAAAAGAUAUUGUGUUUGAAAUCGAGGGAGGUGAUGAUGGAUGCUGUGGUGGCAAUGGAGACUGUGGAGAUGCUUGUGGCAGCCAUAAACAUGACGAAAUGGAUGUUGACGAAGAUGAAGAUGAAGACCAUGAUCACGACGACGAUGACGAUGACGAUGAGUCCGACAAUGAUGAGGAUAACAAGUCCACAGAAUCCAAGUCAACUGCUGCUACUUCUGAUGAUGAUGAAAGUGACGACGACGAUGACACUGUUUACCAGGUGGCUACGAGCGAUCUUCUCGAAUGGAUCCAAGAAAUCCACUCGCUUGCAUGGAAGUCGCAGCGUGCUUCGCUGACCCAGGCAUGCAAUCAAAGCAGUGUUUUCCUGUCUAAGGCUCUGCUCAUUGCAGACUUUACGUGUCUGCAAGCUGUUCUUUCUGUUUAUAUGGCCUCCAUGCACGACUGGCUCUCGAACCGUCAAAACAAGCUGGCCCCAGCCAUGUUUAAUGACUUUUUGAACUGGGCCUAUUCAUUUAGACAACAAAAGUUUGGCGCUGCUGCUGCUGCUACUGCUAUUGCUGCUGCCUCUGUCGAUGCUAGUGUCAAUGGCAAUAGCAACAAAAAAGAGCCCAAGUCUCAAAAGGCACCCAAGCAACAAAAACAACCCAAGAACAAAACCGGUUCUAAAAAGAAAUAG